AUGGCAGACGAAACAACUCCCAUCAUGAGUGAAGAGAAGACCGCAUCUGUAUCCAACGAAAAUCGAAGGGUCACCCGAUCAGGGGCUGGCCUCAAUAAUGUUGCAGGAGUGGGUGGUGAAGACCACGAGAAGGAAAGCGAAGGUAAGGGUGGCUUUACCCUAAAGGUGCCGAUUUAUGCGGGAACAUCUGGCAUGAGAAAGGCCACAGAGUCGGAUGCAGCCCCUAACAAAAAGAAUAGGAGGGGAGGAAAAAAGAGGGUGGUUAAAACGAAGAGACAGAAGAGUCCUGCUGAUGACGGAGCCAAGUUUGGGUUCAACAAUUUGUCCUCCUCUGAGAAUGAGGAGGAGCGGGGGGACAAUGUUGGAGGCCCUGCUGAGGAUGUGGAGGGGGUGGAGGUAGCAGACAGAGCCCCCAGCGGCAAGUUCUGGACCUCUGACUCUGAGGACGAGAGUGCUGUCGAGGUGCGGACGGAGGCAGACGUUGAGCCGAUGGAGAUCACUGCAGCCUCCCUCAAAAGGGCCCACGAAAAACAGGCUAGUGAUGAGGAUCGCGACUUUGUCCCUAGCCGCAAAGCCACAAAAACCACACACCCUCUAGGCGCAUUUGUUGGACUGAGUGCGGCCAAGGCUCGGCUCCAGGGUAUGGCUGAGGCUGAGUGGUCCGAUUUCGAAAGAGAAGCGGACUUGGCAUCAAAUUACACGACGGCCAGGAGGAGUACUCGUCAAUCUGACGUACAGCCGCAGCUGGAGAAAGAUAUGGAAUCUGCUCCCCCAAAGGCGUUUGAGACUCCUUGCGACCGCAUCAAGCAUUAUGCUCGGUCGAUUAAGAAUGAUGCGGCCAAAAGUAAGAACCUUAAGGGCGACAUAUGGGGGAAUAUAAACAACGCGUGCAAAGAGCUGAUUGAGCUUGCUGACAUGCUCGGGGAGUCAGACGUUGUCCGCUCACUCAAAGCGGACAACCUAAGGAUGCGGCAAGAACUCGACCUUCUCCGCAAGGAGACUAAAGCGCUGCGUACGGCUUUCUCGGAACGCAACCAAGUGGCGGCGCCAACGAAGGAGCAGAGUGACAACACGUCUCUCCUCCAGGAAAUGAAGAGACUAAUGGACGUUCGCCUAGGGAAAUUCAGCCGCGAAAUCUUUGUUUCCAUAGGCAAUAUGGUAAAUACUCGCUUGGAGAAUGUGGAGGGUCGUUUACCGCCUGAGCCCGUACUCCGGCCACCUUUAGCUGCUGAUAGAAGGGUGCCCGCAGCUCGGGGAGUGACAGAUCACACUGGUGAUGAGCCUAGCGCCCUCAGGACGGGAAAUAAAAAUGUGAGGCCAUCCCAGUCGGCUUCCCAAAUGGAGUCUAGCCAAACAGCUGCAUCUCGGGUGGGUAAACCGGCAAUCCCUGCGUCCAGUGCAAGGCGAGUGGCUCGUCCAAAUGUGCCGCCGCCUGCGCCUCCACAGGAAAAGUGGACAACGGUGGUCAAUAAGAAAAAGGCUAAGGGUACGGGCCCUACUGCUUCCCAGCCCCAACAGAAGCAGAGUCCAAAUAGGGGAACACCCCCCAAAAAGACGACGGCCCCGAAACUUGUGGUCCCAACCAUGGCGGCGGUCGUGGUGGCUCUGAAACCUGACGCCCAAACGGACUAUAGAUCGGUGAUGGAAAAGGCCACCACGCUAAAGUUGGCAGAAUUGGGCGUUGACCACCUCAAGGUGCGUAAAUCGGCUGCAGGGGCACGUAUCAUUGAGGUUCCAGGAGAACAAAGUAGCCAAGCGGCUGACAACUUAGCAGAUAGGCUCCGUGUGCUCAUAGGUGAUGUGGCUGAAGUUUAUAGGCCAGUGAAAAAGGCCGAAAUUAGGAUUUCUGGUUUUGAUGAGUCUGUCACACCGGAAAUCCUAAAAACGGAAGUAGCGAUACGAGGAAAAUGCCAAGAGGAUCAAGUCUCCGUUGGGGCAAUAAGAAUGGCAGUUAAUGGGUCCGGGUCGGUUAUUAUACGCUGCCCACUCACAGCGGCCAAAGUUGUCGUCACGGCAGGACGUAUCAUGCUGGGUUGGUCAGCGGCACGGGUGGAGGCCAUGGAACAGCUGCCUUUACGGUGCUACCGCUGCAUGGGGACGGGACACACGAGACCUUUGUGCCCGUCCCUUGUGGACAGAGGCGACUGGUGCUACAGAUGCAGCAAGCCGGGUCACAUGAGCAAGGACUGCACAGCCUUGGUGCCCUGGUGUGCUGUAUGCCAUCAUGCUGGUCUUAAGGCAGGACAUGUUAUGGGCGGACAGGCUUGCUCCCCACCACCAGUAAGAGGGAAAGAGGAUUACAGAGUGGGCCCUGCAACCAUUCAGAACGCAGAAAAUAGGACGGAGCAACAACCAAUGGCACUUUAA